AUGCUGGGCUCGCUCUUCAGUCGAGGGACUCUGUCGCUGGCGGUGGUGUCGCUGCUUGCCUCUACUGCGGUGGCCGAAGUGUUUGAAAGGCUGGCGGCAGUUCCGCAAGGAUGGCAUUAUUCACGCACUCCGCGAGCCAACCAGCCCAUCAAGCUGCAGAUUGCCCUCGCGCAGGGCGAUGUGGCCGGCUUUGAGCAGGCCGUGCUGGAGAUGUCGACACCCGAGCAUCCCAAUUACGGCCAGCACUUCAAGACUCACGAUGAGAUGAAACGAAUGCUGCUACCCCGUGCAGACUCAGUCGAUUCCGUUUACCAAUGGCUCGCGGAAGCCGGCAUCAACGAUAUCCAGCGCGAUGCCGACUGGGUGACCUUCCACACCACAGUCGAGACGGCAAACCACCUGCUCCAGGCCAACUUCCAGUACUAUAUCAACUCCGCCAAGCAUGUCGAACGCCUGCGGACGCUCGAAUAUUCGAUCCCCGACUCGCUCCAGGGACAUGUCAAUCUUGUCACGCCCACCACUCGCUUCGGUCAGCUGCAUGCCAACCGUGCCACGCUGCACAGCAAGGCCAAAGUGGCCGAUGCGGCGUUCCGACAGGCCGCGUUGGCUCCCAGUGCGGACUGCAACGUCGCUAUCACGCCACAGUGUCUGAAGAGCCUCUAUUCGAUUGGGGACUAUGAGGCGGAUCCAACCAACGGCAACAAGGUCGCGUUUGCCAGCUACCUGGAGCAGUACGCCCGCUAUUCCGACCUCGCGUUGUUCGAGCAGAACAUUGCCCCCCACGCCCAGGGCUUGAACUUCACAGUAAUCGAGUAUCACGGGGGGUUGAACGACCAGAACUCCGCCUCAGACAGCAGCGAGGCCAAUCUGGAUUUGCAGUACAUCGUGGGUGUCAGCGCGCCUGUGCCGGUCACCGAGUUUAGCACCGGUGGACGCGCACCGCUUGUUCCAGACCUGGACCAGCCUGACCCGAAUAACAAUAACAACGAGCCCUAUCUGGAUUUCCUGCAGAAUAUCGUGAAGAUGGAUGACGAGGACCUUCCUCAAGUGAUUUCCACUUCCUAUGGCGAAGAUGAGCAGAGUGUCCCAGCGCAGUAUGCCCGCAGCGUGUGUAACCUUUUUGCGCAACUGGGUAGUCGUGGAGUCUCCGUCAUCUUCUCCUCCGGAGAUUCGGGCGUUGGUGCAGCCUGCCAGACCAACGAUGGCAAGAAUACCACCCAUUUUCCGCCACAGUUUCCCGCUGCUUGUCCGUGGGUGACCUCCGUGGGUGCCACCACCCACACGUCCCCUGAAACCGCCGUCUAUUUCUCCUCUGGUGGCUUCUCGGAUCUAUGGGAGCGUCCCCAGUGGCAGGAUGCCGCGGUAAGCGACUACCUUACCAAGUUGGGCCCUCGGUGGUCCGGUUUAUUCAACCCCAAGGGUCGUGCAUUCCCCGAUGUCGCCGCCCAAGGUGAGAACUACGCAAUUUACGAGAGGGGUUAUAUUACGAAGGUGGAUGGCACCUCCUGCUCCUCUCCGGCCUUCGCAGGUGUGGUUGCGCUGCUAAACGAUGCUCGCAUCAAAGCCCAGCAGCCACCAAUGGGGUUCCUUAACCCGUGGUUAUAUGGCGCCGGCCGAUCAGCUCUGAACGACAUCACGACCGGUGGCAGCACUGGCUGCACUGGCAACGGACGCUUCAGCGGACCUUCCAAUGGUGGCCCAGUUGUACCAUAUGCCAGUUGGAAUGCUACUCAGGGCUGGGACCCUGUGUCGGGGCUGGGCACGCCGAAUUUUGCUAAGAUGGUGAAGGCGGCCAACGCUGCCAGCUGA